AGAUGGAGCGGAAUGGCUGUGGUUCCUUCCUUAGGUUGCUGCUACCUGGAAAGCCACACACAACCGCUGGUAGGUCUCUCCCAGGGUGUGGCGAGAAGGACCUGGAAGGAGGUGGCAAGGAACGCAACUCCGUCACUUAGCGGAUGCUGAGGCUAAGACGCAGUUGCCAGGCGACGGCUGAGCGCGGACGCCCGGAGGGACGCAGAAACCCCAUAAGCGGAUGCUUGAGGCCCGGGCUCCCUAGGCAGAGGGACUGGCCAAAACUGAGUAGCGGGGAAUGGACCCCGGCCACGUGAAAGAAAAGGAGGAAAAGGAGAAAGAGGAGGAGGGAGUAGCGGAGGGAGAGGAGGAGGAGGAGGAGGAGGAAAUCACUGCCUCCACACUGCGGGCCAAGCCCCGAAGUCUGCCCAUCUCAGCGGUGCCAGCUUUCAGCUACAUCCCGCCACGGCGCCAGGGCCCCAAGGAGCACAGCUACUUUCAGAGAGAGAGCCAGACAGGGAUCAUCUCCCUCUAUGACUGCGUUUUUAAGAGGAGACUAGAUUAUAACCAGCAAUUACAUCGAGAUGACAGAGAACAUGCCAAAAGCCUGGGGCUUCAUGUUAAUGAGGAGGAACAGGAAAGGUCUGUGCCAGUGCUGAUGUCCUCUGUCUAUGGAAAACGCAUCAACCAGCCCAUCGAGCCCCUCAACAGAGGCUAUGGCCGUGUGAACCACGUGCAGAACGACUUCUACAGGAAGAAUGACAUCCCCAGCAUCAAGGUGCCUGACUUCGGGCACAUCGCUCCAGCCUGAAGCGGUCUCGCGCUUUGCAGGGCACUUGGAGGUGCGCUGCCCGCAAGCGAGGCCAUCUAGGAAGGUCGCGCCCUCCACGCUCACUCUCACGUUCAUGUCAACUGUAGCUGUAAGGAUGCACCUGGACCACAGCGGGAUAAGCACAUGCACAUCUAAGGUGGCUUUGGCUCAGGACUCGGCCAAGCACUUUUCCUCCUGCUCAAAAGCUCCAGUGUGAGAGUUUUCACUGGGUUUAUUUAAAACGACACCAACUGAUUCGUUCUGAGAACCUGAAUAAAAGAAAAGCUUGCCUCCCUGUGGUAGCAGCUGUGUCUGUUUUGUGUGCUGGCUUGGGGAGGGGUUUACAGGAGCAUUAUCUGGGUCCUCCUCCUUCACGCAGGAAAACCUCCUUGGCCACAGCACAAACAACCCUUCUGUGUUUCUCUGAGAGGAGAUGUAAGAAAACGGACCUUGACAUGACAGAACUCUAGACAGGACGUUUUGUUUUCUUGAGGUCACAGAUAAAUCGAGCUUUGCAUAGCCAAUUACUGAAUGAGUGGCACAGCCACACCUCCAGGGAGAAGCUGUCACCGGCGCAGGGCACAGCAGGGACUCCUGUCGGGCAGACUUAGCGAAGAGUCUGCCUGCUGCAUUUCCUUUUUGAUCGGUUAUUUUAUCUGUAAGUGAAAUUUCCAAACUCAGCCAAGUUUUCUCAUGAAUCAGAGCACUACCAGAGUGGAUCCACAUGCAGUGUGCACAGUCCCAAGCCCUGGAUCGGUGCAUACCUAUGCUAUUGUUACCGAUGCUGAGGACUGAACCCAGGGCCUGCACUGUGCCACUGAGACUCAUCUCCAGCCCAUGGUUUUCAUUUUCGAUAGUUUCCUCCUUUGGAAGCAGCUGAUUGUUAACCCAUGUUGGAAGUGUUUAUUUUACAAGAGAAUUUGACAUGCACUAAGAUAUGUUUUUAAUGAAUGGAUCUUUUGGAAGAGAUCAUCUCUCAUCUAACCAUGGUUGAAUUUCCCACAGUUGAGCGUUAGUGGGCAGGUGAUCUAAUUAAUUUUGGUACUCAAUUGCUAGUUUCGUUGUUUUGAAUUUGCAAGGUGAUUUCUCUAAGGAGACAUGAUCCUGGAUUGCUGGCAAUUUCAAGGCCGAGUAACUCCUAAAUAUUUAUCUUUUGAAAGUUUUUUAGUAUUGCUGCUCUUUUCCUCCCAAAUAACCCGCAAUAGUAUAUGUGAGGUAUCCUUGGUUACACCAUAAUGUAAUUUGUAAUAAUUUUAAAACAUACAAAAAAUCUGGGUUAUAGAAGUUUGUGUAAAUUAUCUUUUGCUCAUUCAUUACUAAAAUCUAUAAGUAGAUGAAAUAAAAUAAUGUCAAACUAA